AUGUUCGGGAUCAUCGCGGACUUGUUGUCCUCGGUCAUUACGAUUCUUUUUCCAGUGUUUGCUUCGUAUAAAGCCUUGCGGUCCUCCGAUCCCUCGCAGCUGGCACCAUGGUUGAUGUACUGGGUUGUGCUGUCGGGGAUUCUGCUCGCUGAGUCGUGGACGGUCUUUAUCUUGGGCUGGAUUCCGUUCUACAGCUGGUUCCGACUGUUCUUCUUCUCCUACCUGGUGCUGCCCCAGACGCAGGGCGCGAAGAUCCUCUAUCAGACCUACGUGGAUCCCUUCCUGGCGCACCACGAACGCGAAAUCGAAGAGUUCAUCGGCCGGUCUCACGAACGCGCCAAAGCUCUCGGGCUGCAGUACUUCUACCAGGCCAUCGACUACAUUCGGGAGAAGGUCCUGGGCCUCCCGGCGCAGCGUCCUGCGCCCCCGCCCCCGCCUACAGGUCCUGCCGGCUACGCGCAGUCUCUCCUCUCUCGGUUUAACAUCCCCACUGCGGCGGGGGCAGCGCAGCCGGCUGCCGCCAACGAUUGGUACUCUACGAUUAGCUCCGCCGUAGCGUCCAUGGCGGCGGCGGGGAAGAGCCAUGAAGCGCGCGCGGAGGAGUUGUCUGCGAGCGGGAACCUCCUGCCACGGGAGCUUGCCGGUAUGUCCCGUGCGGAUAAGGCGAGUUUCAUCUCCCGGCAGCGCGACAUGCUGGAAGUGGUGCGGGCGGCGCUAGCGAAGGAGGAGAGCAAUCUGGGUCGCGGCGACGUGGACGAGGACCUUGCGUAUGGCGCGUCUCUGCGGAAGAACCAGAGUGAUCACUCGUUCGACCACAUCAACCCGGAGGAUAUUCGGGAUCGGUCGCCGGCGCGACCGGAGCGGUCGUCCAGCGGCAAGUGGGCGGCUGGGUGGUUUGGGGGUGGAGAGCAAGCUGGGGCAUCGGGCGCGGAGUUUGCGGCACGGGCGGUGGAUGAGAUUGCGCGGGCACGGGUGUCGCACCAUUAG